CCCGUACCGAGACUCUUUCUCCGGCCGUCGAUUCCACACGAUUUAGCCACUUCGAACCGAUUACGUUGACACUCGCGUGAGCAGCGAACGACGAGGACGAUUCGGGCCCUUUAAAAACCAACCCCCCACCUCACAACCACCUUCCUACUCACCAAUCGACACUCAAUUCUUCCCGACCAAACGUCGAAGAAAUACCGCCAAGAUGUCUUUAACAAACUGCCGGUUUUAUGAGGAGAAGUACCCGGAGAUCGAUAGCUUUGUGAUGGUUAAUGUCAAGCAGAUCGCCGAGAUGGGUGCCUACGUCAAGCUGCUGGAGUAUGACAACAUCGACGGCAUGAUUCUGCUCUCUGAGCUGUCCCGAAGACGUAUCCGAAGUAUCCAGAAGCUCAUCCGAGUCGGGCGCAAUGAGGUUGUGGUCGUCCUCCGUGUCGACAAGGAGAAGGGAUACAUUGAUCUGUCAAAAAGACGAGUCUCGCCCGAGGAUAUCGUCAAGUGCGAAGAGCGCUACAACAAGAGCAAGAUGGUGCACUCCAUCAUGCGACACGUUGCCGAGAAGACGCAGACGCCGAUCGAGUCUCUAUACGAGAGCAUAACCUGGCCUCUGAACCGCAAGUACGGCCAUGCCAUUGACGCUUUCAAGCUGUCCAUCACCAACCCCGAGGUCUGGGACGACAUCAAGUUCCCCAACCAGGUCGUCGAGGACGAGCUGAAGCUGUACAUCAGCAAGCGACUCACCCCUCAGCCCACCAAGGUCCGUGCCGACGUCGAGGUCACUUGCUUCGGCUACGAGGGCAUCGACGCUGUCAAGGCUGCUCUGCGAACCGCCGAGGCCAAGAACACAGAGUCCAUGCAGGUCAAGGUCCGACUCGUGUCGCCCCCGCUGUAUGUUCUCACCAGCACAUGUCUCGACAAGGCGCAGGGCAUCACCCGCCUGGAGGAGGCCAUUGUCGACAUCCGGACGAGCAUCGAGGCCGCCGGCGGCAACCUUACCGUCAAGAUGGAGCCCAAGGCCGUUACCGAGAGCGACGACGCCGAGCUGCAGGCUCUGAUGGAGAAGAGGGAGCGUGAGAACGCCGAAGUCAGCGGCGACGAGAGCGUCAGCGAGAGUGACGACAACAUCCCCGAGACGAUCUAAGCGUACGCGUCUCGACUCUAUGCCAACAAGCGAUAGAAAAAACCGACGGUCCAGAACGUGGUACCGGAAGCUGUCAAGACCUUGAUUUCGAAGGGAAGACUUUGAGGAAGAGGAAAAGGGUGUCAACGCUCGGGUUAAAACGAGGCAUGAGCCUAGAAUUUGGUUUAGGAAGCUUUGGCGAACAAUCCAUGGCCCUCAGCUCACUAUGGGCGCGACUCAGAGGUAGCGCAGCAGGAGGCAGCACCCCCAGCCUCACCCGCGCAACGGCCCUCAACCUCAUCGGCUUCGCGACUUGGAUCCCGGUGAUUGCGUGGUUCAACCUGCACGUGGCGGAGCUGACGGUCGUGGACGGCAACUCGAUGUAUCCGUUUAUGAAUGCGGACCGGGACUCGUCGCUGCGGAGGGACGUGGUGCUCAACUACAAGUGGGCGCCGCAGGAGGAUUUGCAGAGGGGCAUGGUGGUGACGCUGAGGAGUCCGUUUCAUCCAGAGGUGGUUGCCGUCAAGAGAGUCGUUGCGCUGGAAGGCGACGUCAUCAAGACCAAGAAGCCGUAUCCCGUCUCGACGGUGAGGAUACCGCAGGGUCACGUCUGGGUAGAGGGGGACGGACCGCCGGGGUCGAGCCUGGAUAGCAACACGUACGGACCCGUCUCGAAGAGGCUGCUGACGGGGAGAGUGACGCAUAUCGUGUAUCCGCUGAGCAAAUUGGGGCCGGUCAAGUGGUGGGAGCAU